AUGAAUCUUUCAGCUGUUAGGUGUAGUGCUAUUCUUCUGCUUAUGAUAAGUCACCUCACCAAUGCAACAGAUUGCAAAGUGGAAGGCUGCCAUAUCAAAGGUACUUCCACAAUAGCUGCCUGUUCCGCUGUCAGUUCUGCUUGGGCGGCCCAGAUUGCUGCUACAGCAACACCUACAGUCAGUGCCAAACUUGCAUAUGAUUGUGUCACUUCGGUACCGCUGGAUAAAGCCGCUGCACUAAAAUUUGUCGACGAGUUGAGGCCGUACCUCGAGUGGCAGUCCAGCCUUGCCUUCUUGAAGAACCCACCUGCCGACUAUCCGUUCCCGCCCCACGAUGUUCUUGGGGCGCUUGACAACCUCAGGGCUCGGUUAGAGGCGGACCAUUAUUCCAACGAAUUCACAUGGCAUCAAGACAUGUAUCUCAACGUCUUCAAUCCUGCCUACGAUUCACACUUGCAUGUCUUCUCGGAUAUCUUGACUAACGCCAUUGAAUGGGCGAGGCCCAUUGCUCUCGUCUCAAUUAGCAAAGAUGGCAACUCUGCCCCAGUCGUCAAGGCUUAUGACGAUGUUAUGUCAUCACCUGAAAACGCACCUGUUCUUUCACUAAUCAACGGCGUUGAUGCGGCAACUUUCAUUCUGGAACAAGCGCUCAGAGCCACGAGCAAUAGUGACACUGAUUCCGCCUAUAAUUCCAUGUUCUACCAUAAAGCUUCAGGAGCAUAUGAUGGAACCGGCUACUUCAAGCAAGGAGGCCGUACGCGAUAUGUUUAUCCAGGCGAGACCACGUCUUUCACCUUCGUUAAUGGAACUACCAUUGAGCUUCCAAAUAACUUUGCACCUGGUGCUGCCGUUAACAAAGUACCUGCUCCUUCCACUACUAGUGCAACGCCUUCAAGUACAACCACUACUGUGCCACUCCCAGACUCUACUGGAGUGGAUGGCUAUCCUAAACCGGUAGUAAUCGGGAGCGACUCAUCUGUCUCCGGCUACUUUAUCGAUGAGCAAGGUUUCAACGAUGUCGCUGUUCUAGCCAUCCGGUCAUUCGCACCUCGGAGCCUUGUAAGAUUCCAGGAAGCCGUUGGGGAAUUCUUCGUUGCUGCUGCCCGAUCAGGGAAGACCAAACUCGUUGUUGACAUUCAAGUCAAUGCUGGCGGCUAUAUCAUGCAAGGAUAUGACACGUAUCGUCAAAUAUUUCCUGAUAUUGUCCAAAAGGGUUCCGGACGCUUCAGGUAUUCCUCAAGCUUCAAGGCCCUUUCAGAAAUCUUUUCCAAGAAUUGUGAGGGCUACGAUCCUAUCACGGCAUCAGAGACACUCAUUACGCAAUGUGAAAAUUUCCAUUACUGGCGCCACGAUGUCGACGUAAACCAUAAUCACUUCACUUCAUACAAAGCAAAAUUUCCUCCUCUGAUAUACAACGAUGAUGAGUACACUGAACUUAUCGAAUGGGAUUAUGAAAACCCGCUUAUUUCUAGUAACGCCACCCAUGGGUAUGGUUUUGAGAUUACAGGCUACGGCUUGCGCAAGAACUUCACUCGGCCUUUUGGUGGACCCGAGAACAUCGUCCUUUUAUACGACGGCGCCUGUUCAUCAACUUGCGCUCUGUUCUCAAAGUUCAUGAGGUGGGACGCGGGUGUUAAGAGUAUAGCAAUGGGUGGCCGGCCUGGCGUCAAGGGCAAGAUCCAGGGAGUUGGUGGGACCAAAGGAUCCCAAAACUACUAUUUAUCGGAUGUCGCCGCGAUCGCAGAGUUUGACCGUUUUACACCUUACGUUGACUCUCGGGUCUCGUCUGCCGGCAUAAAUAUCAGAGACGAGAUUCUAAGUCAAAACUGGGGCGACGGGGUCCCACGUCAAUUUGUUCCAGAGAAUUCUGACUGCCGGCUUUACUGGCAGGCUGAAAUGCUCACGGAUAUCACCACUGUUUGGAAGGCCGCCGCCUCUGCUGCUUUCAAGGGCGGGAAGUGCGCAUUCGGCCAUAUCGACAACAAGGCUGUUCCACCUGCCGAGAAGCGUACUGAUAACCACGCAACACUCUUCUGCCGAAAGCAUUUUUCAUCUCCAAAAGAUAGCAUACAGAAAUUCGCGUCGAUUGAAAAGCGAGAUGAACAAAUGGAAAAGUCCUGGAUAUUCAAAGCCAACCAGUACGUGGUUUCUGAGGAGUAA